AUGAAACAAGCACAGGAAAUCAUUGAUACAUAUACAAAUGCUUUGCCGAUUAAAGUACGAAUCGAUCCGAUAAACGAGUUGCAUCUGCCUUCUUUAUUGCUUGGGUUAGCAAUAACUGGGAUUCUGGGUCCCCUUUUAAAUUUAUUCUUAGGAACUAUUCUAUCAAGUUUACUUACAUUAUUAAAAUAUGUUGUGAUCAUUGGGUUAUUUGCAGGUAUCUUAUUUGUAGCUGCGUCUGGAAAAAAGAACAACAACAACUACAACAGCAGCAGCAAUACAAAUGAUGUUCACAGUCUCAAAGCCAAUAAACAUGAGAAAAAAAAUAGAAAGGUCACGAAACAAGAUAGAAGUGAAAGAGAAGAAUUCAUAAAUGCAGCAAUUAGCCCAUAUACGAUAAGAGACCGUACUGAAAUGAGCGAUCCAGGCGCAACACUCGACAAGUUAAAUAAAAUACAACAUAGAGAGCCUAGUAAAGAAGACUUUGAAAAAUUGAAAUAUUACGAUAUACCUAUUACAAAGUCCAAUAGAUUUGAAAAGAAUGAUUUAAUUGACAAGCAUGAUCCCUAUGAAAAUUUCAUAACCAUGGCCCAAACGAGAAAGAAAUAA